AAUAAGUAUGCCAAAUAAAUUUGUGUAAUGGUGGCAACCUAUAAUUUACUCUAAUCAAAUAAGAGAAGGCAAUUUUUAUGAGAAUAACAAAAUCCAACUGUCAAAAAAUGAAGUUGUGAGAAUAAAAUUAGUGCAGAAAUUAAACGAAGCACUGUUAGCGGAGCAGAGUAAUGAGACCAAUAAUAUUUCUGUUCAUUAUUUAAAGACACUACAGUGAAGUGAAUGCGCGGCGGAUGGAUGAGAGGUCUUUGAUAAAAUUAAGAAAAAUAUCAAUUCAACUAAAAAAAAAUAAUGUGAAAAAAAUUAUUAAAUUUAUUAAUUGAAAUAAUACUGUGCAAUAUAUUAAUAUUUUAUUUGUAUUCAAAUAGAUAUUUAGUGAAAUAAAGUGAACAAAUUAAAAAUGGUGAACUAAAGAAAAAAAAAUUAGUUGAACCAAUAACAAGAAGGCAUGUGAGCUAAUCAUUUUAAAAUUCAUAAAAAAAAGUGUUAAGUUUUGUAUGCAAAGCAAUUGUUCGAAAUAUAGAGAAAAGAAAAGUUAUUAAAAUUAAAAAUAUAUAAAAAACAACAAUAAAAAAAUGAAAAACAUAUAUAAAACUGUAUUGGCAAUAAAUUAUGUUUUCUUUACAAGGUUUUAUUACGAAGUGUUUGGAUAAUUGAAAUAUUCGCUUCCUCUGCAGCUGCUCUUUGAAAAUUUACGUCGUUAUACAUACAAACAAACACAUGCAGACGAGAGUUAAUUGGCAUAAUCAAAAUUAAAAAAAAAAGAAAAUAACUUAACUAUUAAUAAAUUUGGUGGUCGUAACCAAAAGAAAUCACUUCACAAAAACAAGAAAAAAACUAUAUUUAUUUUAUAUGAAAUAAAAUAAUUAAUUAUAAUAAAAAUGACAGACUUUAUGGAUUCGACGCUGCUUAGCAGUAUGUCGUCCACUUUUAACGCUGAUUGCGCCACCACCACGGAAGAGGGUGGCGCCCUCUUAAAUCUUGAUUUGGCCGAGGAUAAAACAUUAAAAUGGCGUAAAUUAGCAAAUAAUCAAUUUGCUAGCAAAAAUAAAGAAAAAAAAUUUAUCAAAUCUGAAACACAAAUAGUGCAAUUGCAAACAAAUGCUGAGCAUAUACAAGAGCAAAAGCAGAAUGAACAAAAACAACAACAACAACAUCUGCCAAAGCACGAAAAUACAGCUAUCAAUGAUGAUAAUGCUACUAAAAUAACUGCACAAACCACAACAACAACAACAACUACAGCAGCAACAGUAACAAAAAUGAUGUUAAACAAUGAAAGUAAUAGUAAAAAUUUAAUUGAAGAAAAUUUGGAAAUCGUGCAGGAUACUACAAAACAAAACGACAUUAUAGUAACAGAAAAAGAACAAAAAAUAUCGGAAGGGGGGCUAAGAGUGCAAAAGAAUGGUACUAAUAAAGCCGAUAGUGGCACGGUUAUUGCUGCUACUUUUAAUGAAACAGCAUUAUCCACCGUUCAAGGCCAGCAAGUACAUAACAACAAAAACAGUGCUAUGCACGACGACAACGACAACGACGACGACGACGUCUUUGUUAUUCGUGCAGCUAGCGUCGGCGCAGAAAACAAAGCGAAAACAGAAACGAAAAUAAACACAACAUUAACAGUAGUAGCAUCAUCGCCACCACAAACGAAAAAUGCUGAUGCCCAAAAUUUGGAAUUAUCAAUUGCCGAUGCUGAUGCUGAUGCUGUUGCUGUUACUGUUGCUGCUGGUACGAUUGAUACGAUUGGUAAUGUUGUAUCUGCUGGUCUUAUCAUAAAAUUGGAAAAUGAAAAUUGUGUUAAAAAUGAAAAUUGUGUUAAAAAUGAAAAGACCGCAAAAAAUACUGUCGCUCUUACUGCUGCAAGUGAAUUUUCUGCAAUACCAACAAUAAUAGCAACAACAACAACAACAACAACAAAUACUCAAACCAUUCGAACACAAUCAACAGUUGCAGAAACAAAAAUAGCAAAAUUGCCUCCAGCAUUAAUUCCAACUAUAACAGCUCCAACGUCAACAUCUGCAACACCACUUGUUGUUGUUACAGCCGCUGCAGAGAACGCUGUUUCAGCUUCCUCGCCGAUGACUGAUGACGUUGGUUUUACGGCAACUGAUAAAAAUGAUACACGUGCUACAAGCGUCAGUCCAUUACGUCGUUUGCGGCGUGCACGUCGUCUUUCUGAAGUCGCUACCACAGCUGAAGUCGAAUUUGGUUCUUCUCAUGCAACAACCGCAGCACCAACUGAUGCACCAAAACCCGUUUCACCUGAUUCUCCUGUUAUGGAACAAGCCAAGCCAAUAACAACAAAAACAAAUACAGUUACUGCACAAAUACUACCGCCACCUAAACGUGGACGUGGACGUGCUAAAAAAAUUCCCUCAACGGAUGUCGUAAAUACUGAGAAAAGUAUAGAAAUAAGCGAAAGUGUUAGUGGCGUUAGCAGCAAUGAGGCCGCCACCGUACGUACCAAUCCAGAGAAGAAGGUUGGACGUAAACGUAAACAUGUGGAAGAUAUUGAUAAAAAAGGUUUAGGCCACAUUAAAGGUAAUGAGGAUGUGCAGUUAGAUGAAGUUAAAGAUGCUGCUUCCCAGGCAUUACUUAAUGACGGCAAGAGAAUGCGAAGAAGUGUGCGUUUGGGUCAACGCAUGGAUGGAUUUCGUAUUUUGGAGGGACCCGGUUUGGAUGAGCUUAAAACAGAAACUCCUUUACCUUCUAAUAAUCUAACUAAGGCAGAUUGUGUCGAUGCAAUAAAUCAUUCCGAAAAUAUUCCAAGCAAACGUAAACAUAUGACAACAAUGCUAAUUGAGAAAGCUCCACCAAAAAAGCGUGGACGAAAAGCUAAAGUCCAACAGUUGGAUAAUCAAAAAAUUCAACCUACUCAGCAAACUGUGUUGAAUAUUACUACGAAUAAUGGCAAUAGCAGUGGAGACAGUAGUCAAAAUUCACCACCAAAUUCAGAGAAGAAAAAAUCUUCUAAUAUGACACAUUUCAUACCAAAGCGAUCUCAACGACGCAUAAAACCUACAACAAAAAUACUAGAAAAUGAUGAACUGCGUUACGAGUUCGAAACCAAAAAUAUUGAACGUAUAACAGCUCAAAAUUGGGAAUCAAAUAAUGAGAUUAAAUUUGAAAGUCCAACGCAUCAAAUUUCAACUAAUGAUAACACACCAGGUACAUCUAAGCAAAAAAGCGAGAAAUCUGAAGCUAGCAACGAUAGCAAUAAUCAACAUCCAAACGGUUCGCAUGCAAUUAAAAAAAAACUUUUUAGCAAAAACCGUCGUGAUAUUGCAGCAUCUAUUACUGCACUUAAGGUAAAGAAUGCACUAAAACCAGCACCAGAAGUAGAUAAGUUUUUAAGCGAAGUUAAAACAUUAAAAUUGAAUCUAAACAGAUCGCCUGAAGAGAAGAAACUAAAUAAAAAACAAUUACGUCGAUUAGCUAAACAAAAAGAAAAGCAUUUGGAUAAGCUCGGCUUACGACGUGUCACAAAUAAAGAGACUAGCGAUAUUGACAGUUCUACAGACAAUGAGGAAUUUGUACCGAAUACUCGUGUACAAGUCAGUAAACCCAGUCUUACUUUGCGCACACGUACCGCUAAGGAGUCGACGCCCCCGCAAACACAGUCACAAACAACAGCUCCUGCUAAAGUAUCUCGUAGAGUACAAAAACACAAGUCAACGGUUUCACGUAACGAAAAUGAACAAAUAGAAAUAGAAUCCACACAAUUGCGCACAUUAAAUGCCAUACAGGCGGUUGGAACUACGGUCACGCCAACAACUUCUCCCAAGCAAACACUUAAUUUCAUCUGCCUAUGUCAAAGUCAAUCUCAGUAUUUCACCAAAAACACUAAGUCAUCAUUUUGUUGUGCCAUUGACAAUAUUGAAGAUCAGAAAGUUGGUUGCUGCAAUGAAUUAAAUGGACAGAUCCUUAAUUUAUUACGCCCCAGUCAACGUGUUGGUUAUAUGAUAUUGUGUGAUGAUCAUAAAAAACGCUUAAAAGCACAUAAUUGCUGUUCGGGUUGUGGAGUUUUCUGUACGCAGGGAAAGUUUGUAUUGUGUAAACAACAACACUUCUUUCAUGGCGAAUGUGCACAGAAAUAUAUACUUAAUAGUCCUUACGAUCCUUUACAACCUGCAACAAGUUAUUCUAGUCCAACAUUGGUGCUAAAAUGUCCGCAUUGCGGCACAGAUACACCGGAACGUACCUCAACUGUAACAAUGAAAUGCCAAUCCUUGCCAGUCUUUAUAUCUAGUCAGAAAAAUAAAAUUAAACCAGCUAAAAUGUCUAUUUCGGGUGACUUACCAGUUAUUGGUAAUAAUCGUUCAUCGAAUACAAAUGGCGCUUCUGGUUCAUCUAACACAAAUAACAAAAUUAGGUGCAAUAGUAUAAAUUUUGAACAAUUAAUACCAGAAUCGGUUAUGAAUAUUAUUGGUAAUAUGGUCGAAAGAACCGUAAUGGAAAGGAAUAGUAGAACCCCAGAGUUCUCAACUCGUGAUAUGUUCUAUGCAAUAAAAAACGAUGAUCUCGAACGCGUUGCACAGAUACUUGCUUCCGAUUAUGAUGUCACAGUACGUAUGCGUGAAGCUAUUAAUGGCACAUGUUUGCAUUUGGUCGCCCACUACGGUACACUGCAAAUGGCGUACUUACUGUUGUGUCAGGGAGUUGGAAGUGAAUUUAUAAAUGUUAUAGAUCGUGAACUGCGUACCUCGGCUAUGUGUGCCGUAAUGUCAGACAAAUGUGAUAUUCUCAAUUUGUUUAUACAAUGUGGUUCCGAAUUAAUGAUAAAAGGUCCUGAUGGUAAGACCUGUCUUCAUAUCGCCGCUAAAUUGGGGAAUCUGGAAGCAACACAGUUAAUUGUUGAUAGUUUCAAAUCAAGUAAAAGUAUUUCACAAUUUUUGAGUUUUCUUAAUGCGCAAGAUGAUGGUGGUUGGACGGCUAUGGUGUGGGCAGCUGAGUUGGGACACACUGAGAUUGUUACUAUGUUGCUGCAUUAUGGCGCCGAUCCAGAUAUUUGUGAUAACGAUAAUAACACAGUGUUGCAUUGGGCAACACUACACAACAAUGGUUUGGAAACUAUUACGGUAUUAUUACAAGCCGGAACUGACUGUAAUGUACAAAAUAUUGAAGGCGAUACACCACUACAUAUUGCUUGUCGUCAUUCUAUUACACGCCUUUGUCUCGCACUCAUUGCAAAUGGUGCUGAUUUAAUGAUUAAAAAUAAAGGUGGACAAUUACCAUAUGACUGUAUACCACAUGAAGAUUCCGAAUGUGCACGUACAGUAGGUUUUAAUAUUCACAUGCGUUCCUUUAAGCCGCUUGGACUGCGCAAUCGUAUUAUAUGUAGUGAUAUCUCAAAUGGUCGUGAGAUACGGCCUAUACAAGCAAUACGUAGAGAUAGAAUAUUGUUAGCACCGGAUGAAGCUGAUGAUAUAAUGUUACCUGAUUUCAAAUAUAUUACAAAGACAAUUAUAUUACAAAAUUCAAUACAAAUAGAUAAUCGUAUAUCACAAAUGCGUAUUUGCUCUUGUAUUGAUGGUUGCAGCACGGACCUUUGUCAAUGUACGGGCGCAUCUGUACAAAUCUGGUAUACUGUUGAAGGACGUUUAAAUACUGAAUUUAAUUAUGAUGACCCCGCUGUUAUAUUUGAAUGUAACGAUGUCUGUGGUUGCAAUAAGCUCUCUUGUAAAAAUCGUGUGGUGCAGAGCGGAAUACGUGUACCUAUGCAAAUAACAGAAUGUGAAGAUCCAUGUAAGGGAUGGGGUGUUCGUGCAUUGGUCAAUGUGCCCAAGGGAUCAUUUGUGUCGGAAUAUACUGGAGAAAUACUAACUGAAUUCGAAGCAAAUCGUAGAACUGACGACAGCUACUUUUUUGAUUUGGGAGAAGGUCACUUCAUUGACGCUAAUUAUUAUGGCAAUAUUAGUCGGUUCUUUAAUCACUCGUGCGAUGCUAACGUGGUACCCGUUCGUGUUUACUUUGAGCAUCAGGAUUAUCGUUUUCCAAAAAUUGCAUUUUUUGCCUGCCGUGAUAUAGCAGCUGGCGAAGAAAUUUGCUUUGAUUACGGCGACAAAUUUUGGAUGAUUAAGAAACGUUAUUUUAAUUGUGCAUGCUUAUCAUCUAUCUGCCGUUAUUCACAAAACACUCCUGAACCUGAUUUGAUGGUUUCUGAAUUAAAUGAUGCGCAAUCACAAAAUGGUAUAUCAAACGAAGUUCAAAUUUUUUUUUGGGUGUGCUUAAUUGCAUUAAUCUAUACAUAUUUAUGCAUUUUGUACCGCUGAACUAAACUGAC